AUGACCUCCAUAGCCGAUACGUGCAAGGCGCUGACGACGCCCGACACGAUGUGGUCGUUCUGUCCUAACAUUGGCGCGUCCAUCUUCUUCCUCGUGCUCUUCGCCAUCGCCCUUGUCGCCCACGUCGGCCAGGCCCUCUAUUACAAAAAGUUCUUCAACUAUUGUUGGGUCAUUGUCAUGUCUGUGUUGUGGCAGCUCUUGACCUACAUCUUUCGCACCAUCAGCAUCCAGACACCCGCCAGUUUCGGCGACUACGCCGCCUGGUUCGUCUUGAUUCUGAUUGCGCCGCUGUGGACGAAUGCCUUUGCCUACAUGGUCUUUGGCCGCCUCGUGUAUAACUACACACCGGAUCGCAAGCUGUGGGGGGUUCCAGCAUCCAAGUUCGGCCUGCUGUUUGUGGUGCUGGACAUUAUUGCAUUUGUCAUCCAGGUCUACGGCGCGGCCACGGCGUCGGCCAACGGCAUUCCCGAAGAUGAGGUACUGCGGGAUCUGCACGUCUACAUGGGCGGCGUGGGUGUCCAGCUGCUGUUCAUCUUGAUUUGCAGCGUGUUUGGCAUCAAGCUGUGGACUGUCAUGCGCCGUGAAGCUCUGCAGUCCCCGCGCGUCCUCCGCCCGGCUCUGCUGUUGCUGUACGUCCAAUUCGCCGUCUUGGCCCUCAUCAUCAUCCGCAUCAUCUUCCGCAUCGUCGAGUAUGCGAGCGGCCUCAAGAGCAGCAUCCCCAAUCACGAGGCCUUUCAGUACGCCUUGGACACGCUGCCCAUGUUUGUCGCCAUUGUGUUGUACAACAUUGUCCACCCAGGCAGCAUCAUGCGGGGACCCGAGACGGAGAUGCCCUCGUCGUGGCGCUGCUGUUCUCGACGAAAGUAG